UACAUACAAAGCAUACAACAACAUAUUUUGUACCUACCUAUUUAUGUAGAUUCUGAGUAUUCACUUACGUAACUGAUUUAAUAAAUUCUCAAUAGUGUUUACUACACUAAGAAUCUCAUUAUUUUUUAAUAAAAAUUACCUACACGUGAUAUUAGCGGAACUGUGGAAAACACGAACGAUACCAUCUACUAGAAGAAGAAAUUAUCAUUAACUUUAACACUACGAAUCUCAAUAUUUCUAAAUAAUGGCGCGUAAGGAAGAACCUAAAAUCCAGCCUAAUAAUGACUUAGAGAAGAAAAUAAUAGAAGCAUUUGAGGUAUUCGAUCACUCGGGGAAGCAAGUUGUGGACGUUAGAGAGAUCGGGACUAUCCUUCGCUCUUUAGGAUGCUGUCCAACCGAAGCGGAGAUUCAGGAGGUGAUCUUGGCGACGGAGAACAAAGAGGCGACUGGCAACGUGCCACUCGCCAACUUCUUACCGUUCAUGUGUAAAGUUAUGUUGGAACACAGAUACUAUCCAGCCAGUGCCGAGAUGCUACUAGCCGCUUUUAGAUAUUUCGACACCGAGGGAAAAGGAUAUUUGACUAAGGAGCGAUUCUCUCAGCUUAUGCUGGAAGAAGGCGAGCCAUUUACCCAGGAGGAAUACGAAGAAAUGAUGCAGACGGCGCUCGACCCGGUGACCGACACCAUUACAUACGAGUACUACAUCAAUCAACUGAUGGUGGCCUCUAAGGAAGUUUAUGAUAUCGCCGAUGUGAUGGAAGCGGAACGCAAACGAGUCGAGGCCGCUGCGCCGAAGAAACGGAGAGCCUCUGAAAUGCUCCGCAAUCUAUGAAUGAACACAUGGUUCUGUUUAUACUAUCCGCUCGCGUCGAGUUGGCCGUCGAUGACCGUUACAAAAUGACGUUGAAGGGCCAAUCACAGGCACAUCAACCAUAGAGGUACAAGAAUAGAGUAGGGGACAUAUAGACUCUACUACAAGUGGAUAUGUCCCUCUAAUAGAAAGAGAAAGAAGAUGAGAGACCGCUAGCUUUUCUCUCUAAUCGCGCGCAUUGGCAACCGUAAGCAUCUUACUAUUUUGAUGUGAUGCCAUUGGAUGCCAUGCGUCACAAGAGAGAGAGAUAGCUAGCGGUCUCUCAUCUUCUUUCUCUUUCUACUAGACUGACACUUUUAGAGCCGCCUUCCCCACUUUAUUUUUAUACCUCUAUGACAUCAACUGGUUCCGUCGCGUCGACCAAUAGGGUCGACUAGUCUGUCUAGGAGCGCAGUGCGGCGAGACGAAGAGGGUGGGAGUGGCCAACUCGAAGCGAACGCGUAGUACAAUAAAUACUGAAAGUUAUAAUCAAAAAGUGGAGGAUGAAGUAGUGGAAACUGCCGAAUUACCUAAAUAAUUGAAUCAGUGAAUUUCUGGUACCAACGAUAAUACUCAAAAUGAUAUUUUUGUGUACGAAAUUUUUGUUCGGAUAAAACAGUAAAUAAUUGAACACUAUAAUCAUUUAGUCAUUUAUUUUCCUCUAAAUCAAUAAACAGUUUUGUGAUAUAAUAUAUUCCCAUCUUAACUUUAUUUUUAUUUUAAACUUAAAGCUAUUCGUCAUCAGAACCGCUACAUUCGUCUAACACGAUUCCUGCAGACAUAAGAUAUUGGUACAACUCAUUGUCAUCUAAUUCUUCAAAAUCAUCCCCUUUCGAUGUCUUCUUUGUGUCAGAUUGUUUUUUAACAUUAGAUGUGUCUGCUUUUUUGACUACUUGUUUUGUAUUUGGUUUAGUAUUUGUGACAGUUUUGGUUUCUGUAACUUUGCCCGCAACUUUAAUAUUAGUCUUAGUUGAAGGUUGAACACUUUUAGUAUUAGUCUUAGUUGAAGGUGUGACAUUUGCAGGUUUGCCAGUGGGUUUAUUAAUAUUUUUGGCAUUUGCUGUAGUUGCAGUAGUAUUAUUAUUACCCACUUUUGUAUUGGGAGUCUUGACUGUCGUUGCAGGUUUAGUAUCUUGUACAUCUAUGGAUUUCGUAGCACUAACAACUUUUGGGGUUUUUGAAACAGUUUCAUUUUUAUUAUCAUUUGGCUUUGUAGUUGAAACAGUAUUAGUAUUAUUGCUACUUUGUUUUAUGGAAGAAGCACUGGCAGUCUUGUUAUUUGUAGCGUUUGUAUUCUUUACUGUAGUUUUAUUAUCUUCAGCCAUUUUGGCGGAAGUAUUGCUCGUUUCGUUCUUUUUAUUUAAAACUGUACUUUGAGUUUGGAUGUUUGCAGUGUUAUUAGUAUUUGAAUUGUUUGGACUAGAUUUAAUGGGUGUUUUGUUUUCCACGGUCUUUGCUUUAGUUUCAGAUGCAACCUUAGUUUCUUGGAUAUUACUUUUAGCAUCUGUAGUUUUCCUAUUAACAUUAGAAUUGCCAGUUUUAGUAACUGUUGAGGCAUUUUCAUCUGCUUUCAUAGUAUCUGUUUUGCUAGAUGAUUUGUUAUCAUCCAGUUUCUUAUUUAUCGUUUCGCUGGCUUUCUUUUGGUCAGUGUUAUUAGAAGGAAUUUCUUGCAAAUUCUCUAUUUCAGCUUUGGUUUCUUUUGGUUGAUGUUUUUCUUUUUCAGUGUUGGUGUCUUUUGGUUCCGUUUUACUAUCAAAAGAUUCCAUAUGCUCCUGUCCUUCCGUAUUACUAGAAGCAUUAUUAUCUUCUUCUGGAGUGCCAUAUAUGGUUUUUAUGUUCUUGGGACAUUGGGUAAAUCUAUAGCAUGGUGCUAUUGUAAUCUUGGCUGCGCCUGUUACAGAUAAAUAUUUU